AGGGGAGGAAACCAAUAAUUUUGAAUGAAAAUUAGUAUUGGCUUCUUGAUAAAACUGUCUUAAAACUUAAUCAUUUCCCACUCAUAGUUUUCUUCAUUGAUUGACAAAUGCAAUUGACUUAAUAAAAUGAAAUAUUAUUAAAAUAUUAUGGUAUUAAAUGAAAUUUUAAAAAGUUCGUGUGCACGGGGUUAGAAAAUCACGAUUAAAUGUCAGAAAGAUUUAACGAUGCUAAUAUUGCUAUAAUGAAGGGUAAAGCAUAAGUAGAAAUGUAUGGUGGCCCAACGUUAUCAUUGAAAAUUCAAACGUAUUAUCGAAAAAAUUACUUUUAAAUUAAUAGUUUUUAUUUGCAAAGUUUUUCAUAGACAUUGUUUUUUAAUUACGAGAAAUAUUUUUUGAAAUAAUCUUUAAAAUUUUUAAAAACCAACUUCGAAAAUUGUUUUCGAAAUUUUGGAUUGCUUUGAAAUCGUCUGACUUUUAAAAUCGUUUUUGAAAAAAAAAAGUUGAGGUCGGCCCAGUGUUAUCACAGUAUACCAUCAUGCUUUGCGUCAUCGUGAGGCUGUGUUUGUUAAGGCGGGUGUAAUUACACUCUGCUCUGUCUGUAAUUACUGUCUAAUUCGAACUUUUACUAGGGUCUCCAAGGGGUUUUUAGAAACAAGGGAACAGGGCAACAAAUGGUACAUUGGUAUAGGAACACGGGAACAACUUAAAUUUUCCUCUAGGAACAUGGGAACUUUAUCACUUGUUUAAAGGAGGAAGGAAACAUUUAUUUUUUAUUUUUCAACGGGAACAUUGGUCAUUUUUUUCAAAGGUAACACGGAACAAGUUUCGAAGUCCUUUGAGAUCCCGAUAAUCAGAGCAUUUUGUAAUUCGACGAAUUGUUCUGGUCCUCUCAGGAAAAUCACCUCUCUCCCCCCUGACCCCCCUAGCACUACACCCCUGCAUAUAAGUACUUCAUUGAAUUAAAUUCUGUUCAAACAGGAGAAGGAUAUAUUUAGCUUAUGACUGAAGCAAAUUCCAAUUUUUUGAGAAACUCCGAAGAAUAAAUCGAACAUUUUGUAAUGCGAGCAGUUUACGAUCAUCAGCCAGACGGAUCAAGUUACACAAAGUUGAUUGUACAAAAAAUUAGUGGCAAGGUAACAUUUCUAGUGAUUUUUGGAUACUGGAGGGAUUAUGAGUGGGAUCAGGAAUGUUGAAUGGAUGGAUGAUGCCGAUCUAAAGGAGAAAAUGCGUUCGCUCGUGCUGCAAAAUUUUCGGAGAGCUGAAAUUGUCGACUUUUUGGAGAGAGAUUUUCCACAGUACGCGUGGAGUCUGCCUACACUUAGUCGUCGACUGCAGCAUUUUGGUAUAAGAUUUAUCAACUAUGACACAACCUUAAGUGAAGUUAGAGGUGCAUUUGCCACUCAGAUUAAUGGUCCUGGCCAGCUGCUCGGCUACAGAGCAAUGCAUAAGCAAAUACGCGAGCAUCAUGGCCUUGCAGUUCCUCGUGGGCUCGUGUAUGAUGUCAUGAGCCUAGACGACCCAGAAGGCCUAGAGAAACGAAAGACGUUUGGAAAACAAAAACGAAAAAGAGGCCCAGUUGGAACAUUUACAUCUUUGGGCCCCAACCAUACCAUAUCUGCAGAUGGGCAUGAUAAAUUGAUGGGAUUCAUGAAAGACACUUUUCCAUUGGCAGUCUACGGAUGGCAAGAUGUCUUCAGUGGGUGUAUUCUCUUCCUAAAUAUUUGGGUUUCAAAUUCAAACCCAAAACUCAUUGGUCGUUGGUAUUUGGAUUAUCUAUACAAGAAAAAAGUUAUUAGCCAAAGACUGAGACUGGAUAAAGGAUCAGAAACUGGGGAUUUUGCGACAAUUCACUCAUUCCUGAGAGAGAAACAUUCUGAUUGUCCAGAAGAUACUGUCAGCUAUGGUCCAUCUACCAGCAACAAAAUAGAGAGGUGGUGGCGUGAGCUACACUUGCGCAUGGAGAAAUAUUUCAAGAGACAGUUACUCAUCUUACUGGAAGAAGGCCUUUAUGAUCCUAACAAUUCCAAAGAUAGGGACUUGUUGGCUUAUGUGUAUGUUCCAGUAAUUUCGAAAGAGCUAGAGAAUUUCCGUUGUUCAUGGAACACUCACAGAGUAAGGCGACAAAAAGAUGCCCAGCUACCAAAGGGAAUACCAGAACAUCUUUAUUCUUUUCCUGAAAAAUAUGGUGCUGAGGAGUGUGGCUUGCCUGUGUCUGCUGAACAGUUAGAUGAGGUGGCAGAACUAUCAGGUGUUAUGGCUUUUGGCAAUGAUUAUCUGGAUCCUGCAACCAGAGUUGAGUGUGAACGGAUUAUUCCCGAUGUUGACACAGUGAAGCCUUCUGAUGCAAAAGAAACUUACCUAUUUCUUAAAGCCCAUUUUGUGCCAAAUACAUCAAGUUCUGGUAUCUCAUAAAGAGGAAUAGUACACUAAGGCCAACAGUGGGAAUAAAUAACCUUAACAAAAAUUCAUGCAAAUAACGUAACGUUAAUAUAACUGCAAACAAAACACCCUCUGGGAUAUUAAAAAUUAGAAAAACUGAUAAGAUGUUACACUAUUAGGUUUGUCCAAGUCUUUAUCAUAUAGUUGAUAAAACAAAAUGUUCUUGUAAAGGAAGUAUUUUCUUACAAAGUAUCUAAUAAAUCUUUCAAACCAAGGAUCUUGCAGUAUUUAUUGCACUGGUGUUCUGCAAUAAAGUUGCUUAUCGCAACAAUUGACAAAUUUCCGCAACAAAACAACAUUUCAUCUUUUGCAUUUUCAGCAGUAUCAUCUUCCAUUGUCAAUGCAGAAGUUGCAAUUUCAGGAUCACAUACUUGAAAUGAAGAUCCCUGUAUAUCUAGCAACAUCAUCUUCUGAUCUGUAGCUUCAUAGCUGUAGUGCACCAAUGUUUGUGCUUUAUUGUAUGUUUCUUUAUCCUGCUCAGUAGAAGCAAAGGAAGGUUCAGCACAGAAACCAUUGUUGUUUAUGUAUUUAACAAAAACUCCAGGAACGAAUUCUUCAAUUGUUGCUGGCUCACCAUUGUAGUUUGUAUAGUAAACUUUGUUGUAAUUGAAAGUUUUACCAAAGGAAAACUUGGAAGCUGUGUUUUUGAAUUUCUUUGUGAUGUAUCUAGCAACCUCAUGCAUUUGCACUUGUUUUCUGGCAUGAUUUUCAAUAGUUAUGCCAAUUUGAUCCUGGAUUGUUUGCUUCACAGACUCCUUGUAAAGCUUGAGAACCCAGUGCUUAUCUUGCUCUUUGCAUACCAGUUUAAUGCAUUUAAAAGCAUCUCGGAAUCCACCAGAUGAGAACUUUUCCACUGACACAGAAAACUGUAGCUGUUUUUGUCCCACCCAUUCUUGAUUUACAACAUCAAAUUCUUCGAGAUCAAGCAAUUUAUUUUGUCUCCUUGUGGGUAUGACCAGCUUCCCAGCUCUUAGCAAUUCACCAAUUGAAAUUGAAGUCGGAACAACUGAUUGUGCUGGCAUACUUUUUGGUUUUGAAAAGGAAUUCCUGUGCUCUAUAUUUCUUCUGGCUUCAGUGUUCUGAAAUAUUGAAGAUUCCAGUUCUGAAAAAUUAGCCGGAUAUGCGUCUUCGUUUUCCUGAACAUGAACAAAGCGAACAAGGUAAACCUGAAAACAAUCAAGAUUAAAAAAAAUUAUGUCUCACAAAAUACUCAUACAAAACCAUGUACAAAACUAAAAAAUAUACAGAAAUGCAGACCCAGGAAAACAUGACAGCCCCACUGCCAUAGGCCAGAGGAAGGUAGCAAAAAAUUUGGAAACUUGAGGAAAUGAAAACAUUUCAUAGCCUUUCGAUUUUCAAAAUACAGCCAUGAAAAACAUGAAAAAAACAGAACAAAAUUCAAAAACCUAUUGUUUUUUAAUAUGAUUAUGUUUGCGGAACUACUCCGCACUGCUAAAAUUAAGUAUUAACUUUGGAUAAUUGAUAUUUUUAAAUAAUGACACACUUCUGUUAUUAUUUAUUAAAAGCAGUAACUUCAGAUCUUUUUAAAAAAAUAUCUGUAAUUUAAAACAAGCAACCAUUCUUCAACAAUGUUUUGGAGAAACAAAGUUGCAAAGAGAGAUACUAGUUGAAUACCCCCAAUUUCCUGACCGCGCCAUUUUAAACACAAAAAUAAUAAGUAAGGUUUUAUAGAAAGAUUUUCUUGGCAGGAGGAAGGCUGACAACUCUUUUGGACUCUGUAACAACGAUGUGAAAUCAAAUGUAAAAAAAUAUAUGAUAUUAUCCACCAUACCCUAUCCUUUCUAUGUGGGAUCUGUGAAAUGUUUGUACAUGAAGGCCCCUUGUUUGAAACAAGAACAUCGCAUGAGGCUGCUGGAAAAUUAAAAUGGGUAGCACAUGCGUCUUUCAAAUUUGUCAGCGUCAGAUCUUCAUAGGCAAAUUCAACAAACUCUCUGGGUUGAAUGGGACGGUAUGUUUGUCGGCUGUCUGCCUCAGAUGAAAGUUUUUGGACCACAAUUUCAUGAGGUGCAGACCCUUUGUUUCUUUGCUUAUUAUGUGCAUCUGUUUUGGUCCGCUUCCCGCUCAUUUUCGCCUGGAGCUCGUCCCAUAACAACUGUCUUCUUUUGGGUGGCAUUUCUGUGGCCAAGAUGCUCAAAGCUGAAUUAAAUGAAGACCUGGCAGGCCUUAAGGAAUUUCGCGCCAAAAAUGGAAUAGCCUCACCACUGGUGACGCAAAGCAUGAUGGUAUACUGUGAUAACACUGGGCCGACCUCAACUUUUUUUUUCAAAAACGAUUUUAAGGUACUUUACCACUCCAAAAAGGCAAUUUUUGGGAGAAUUUCACAAAUCGAGAUUUCAUUGCAAAAAUGUUCGAUCGGUAUUCAUCUUUCAGUGUACGAGAGGUUUUGGCUAUAUCUCUACCCGUUUUAUUAUUAGAGAGGAUAAAGUGCGUCAUGGUAUGACUUUCAGUUGGUUUUUAUUGCAAAUGUUGGAUAAAAGCUCAAGAAAAAAGUCCGUCCCAUUCGUGUCAACUUCGUCGGUUUCAGGCAACCUAUAUAUUGAUGAAAAGCUAAUUUCUCCUCUGUUCGAUAUCAUGGUAAAUUUAGGAUUGUUUUUAGCUUUUUCUUUUGUUUUUAACUGAUUUUCAUUGGCCAAAUCUUCUGGAUCUGGAUUGUUCUAGUCUGCCAUUUUGACGUUGGUGUGAUUUGAUUGGUUCACUUUGAGCAACAAGCUCUCCCAUUGGUCAGGCUGCCUAUACUGAUCAGCUGACAACAGUGUUCCGCCAUAUUUUGUUUUGAUAGCCACCGAAGUGAAAUUGGAAAAGUUGUAAAAUUUAGAAGUCGCAAGCCAUCUUUAGGUCGAAGAAAAACUAGAAAUUCGCGGACCAAAGUUGCUACGGUUAUAAAGGGACAUGAUAAAGCUUCACAAGACGUUAGCACUGUUAUAGGCGUGCAAAGUCAAUGUGAUGUUUCGAUUAGGCCUUCCUCAUCGCGAUGCGAAGAUGAACAUUUUUGGAAUUGAUCUCGAUAUAUCAGCUGCAAAGGACACUUCCAAGAGGGAUACUGAUUGCUAUUUAGUUAUUCAAAAGUUAAUUUCAAUCCAGCUUUUCAGUCACAUUUUAGACAUUGGGGUUUCAUUUGACGGAUCAAGGUAGAUAAGAGGUCACUCCUUUCAUAAUGGCCUAAUUGCAGUGAUAGAUUUGGAAACUGGCCUACUUAUUGAUUUUGAGGUCUUAUCAAAUUUUUGCAUAAAAUACAAGAUUGCUGAAGAUGAAGAUCAAACCGAAGAGUGGGGAGAAAAGCAUGCAAGAAAUUGUUCAAAAAACUACAAUGGAACUGCGAAUGCAAUGGAGGUGGAUGUGCCACUCUAGAGAAAAUUCUUGAGAAAAUUUUUGCAAUUCUUUUUCAUUUAGCCUCUUCAGAUGCCAAUCCCAAGCAUACACAUUGUCCCCCAGGUGCUACUUCUUGGAGUUUCUGGCAGAGAGACCUUGCAAAAAGCAACAGCCCUGGUAGUCACAAGGCUCAUGAUACAUUGUCACCAGAUGUGGCAAAGAAAAUUGUACCAAUUUUUUAACAGCUUUCGGAUUAGGAUUUAUUGAAAAUAUGUUCUUGUGCUUUGACGCAAGAUAGAAAUGAAUCCUUCAACAGUGUUGAGAAUUUGCCCCAAAGCUAUUUAUGAUGGAAGACAUACCCUGCAAACAGAUGUCUCAAUGGCUGCUUGCCAAUUUUCAAAGGGAGCAACAUUUAAAACAGUUCUUUGCAAAUGUUUAGGUAUUAAAGCUGGAAAACACAUUAGAAAAGCAUUUACAAUAAAAUCUGUCCAGAGGCUAAAAAUUACAAGAAAAUGUUCCUUUGAGAUAGCAAAGUAAAGAAGAAAAAGACUGAAUUACAAGGGUACUGCCAAAGAAGUUCAGCAAAAAAAGCAAAAAGGGGAAACAUAUGCUGAGGGUGACUUCGAAUGAACUAUAGCAACUUUUCAUUAACGUUCAUGUUUGAAUUUUCUUUUUUGCUGCUAUAAUGAUAUUUAUUUGAUUUAGUAAAACCAACAAUAAGCUUCAACACAAACUAAAUACCUCAAAAUUAUAAAAAUCAUGGAUAGUAAUGAACUUUUGACAACAUUCACUAGUUUUGCAUUGUUUUUUGCAUUCAGAUUUUUUAAAAGUCAUUUUGUCGCAAUCUGUUUUCUGUGUCACUGCCCGACUAAGUCACUGCCUCAUUUCAUGAUAAUUUAAUCUAUGUAGUAAAGCUGUAUAUCAAUUUGCUCACUAUAAACUGAAUAAUGCAAUAAAGAUGUCUGUUUUGAUGUAUAUUUAAAAUGAACUUUCAAAACAUGGUCUAUAAGAAUAAUGUCAUGAUGAAAUUUUGAGACGCCUGAGUUUAAGUUGCUUUCAAACCAAUUAAAUGUCAGAAAAUCAGAAAAAAAUGACAUUGUUGCACUAACCAGCUAAUAAGGAAUGUGUCAAUAUGAGUUUUAUGUGAACCAAAAGUUCUUGAGCAAAAUGAGGCAUAGCCUAACAGAAAGAAUAAAAUUUCUAUUGUUUGUAGGUUUCCAUGGUAACGAUGAGCCACACCCAAAAACCAAUACCAAAUUUGAAUUCCCAAUGUAAAACUACAUAUGUCUGUAAAUUUGUGAGUCAAUAGCUUGCAAAACAACAAAGUUCACAUCUCUGAGUGGUAGAGUACCUUAAAGUCAGACGAUUUCAAAGCAAUCCAAAAUUUCGAAAACAAUUUUCGAAGUUGGUUUUUAAAAAUUUUAAAAAUUAUUUCAAAAAAUAUUUCUGGUAAUUAAAAAACAAUGUCUAUGAAAAACUUUGCAAAUAAAAACUAUUAAUUUAAAAGUAAUUUUUUCGAUAAUACGUUUGAAUUUUCAAUGAUAACGUUGGGCCACCAUAGAAAUGUCGAGAAAUGAUAAUUUUAUCAAUUUCAGCAAAAGGUUGUAAAUCAUAUGACAUAAUUAGUUUGAAGUUUAAAGUCUCGACUCGUUUUUGCAACUCAAUUCAAAUAUGUUUUUAACAAAACCUUUAAUGUGCUAAAAGUCAUCAAAACACAUUAAGCUGUAUUUUGCUUCUAAAAGUCAGCUAGAUUUUAAUUUCUUAUGGUAAAUGUGAGCUUUUGGUUGUGUUCUGUGGAUCGUGGAAAUUCAUCAGCUGAGGUUCCUGCUGUUGAAGACGAGCGAUUGCAGUUCCUAUGUGAAUCUUCCAAGACUUUGACAGAAUCCCUCAAUAAACUUGAGUAAGACCAGAUGGACUCUUAAUUAAUAAUGUUAUCCUUUUUGAGCUUUUAAGCUCCCGUAGAAUCAUCCAGAAUAUUAACCACCAUUAAAAAUUUAAGAAUUAAGUCUUGAGUAAUGCAGCGAAGAUUAAUAAUGGACCCGCAGGUUCCACCAGUUUCCCCUGACAUUUCGAGUUUUUAUGAUGUCAAAAGAUUUUUUCAAGAAGUGAAUGCAGUGAUUGUUUGUUAUCAUCAUCAUGCCAAAUUUUGCUAAGGCGUUUUUCAUUCUAAAAGUAUAAUGUUUCGUAAGAAGCAAAUGUUGUGUCUCGAAAUUCAGCAAUCAUAAACUAUUCGCAAACUAGACUGUUCAUUAAAAUGUCUUUGAUUUAUGAUAUCCUGUUUGAAAAAGGGAUGAUGUGCACGCAAGCGAGAUUUCACUCUUCACCACGAGAAAAGAAAACGCAAUGCAAAAUGCGGCUUCGCCUUCGAAAGCGGCAUCCAUUGCUUGUCUGCAUACUUCUGAGGCAGCAUUCACUACUUUAAUAUCCUUAUUUGCAAAGAAAGCUUUGAGAUGAUAAAGAUGAAAUCUAACAAAUAAAUGGCCCGUUUGCAUAAUUCUAAGUUUACUAUAAUGUAUAAAUGUGCGGCUUAGGUUUUUGUAAGAAGUGCAACUUGUUCUAUACAAUCCAUUUAAUGAAACUGUUUUCACCAAAGUAGAUCAAAUUCAAGGUGAAUAACAACAUUUUUAGUUGUUUUCGCUUCAAUAACAGCGAUUUUGACAGACAACUAUGUAACGCUCAACAUUAGGUCAAAGGAACAAAUACGCUGCAUUUUGAUUGUCAUACGUUCAUGAUUUUUAAGUCAAUCUUCAAAUUCAUUACAAAGAACCAUCUGCUCACAACCAUAACAAAUUCGUUUUUCACUUGCCUUUCAAAUGUGUGAUGAAAUUGUUGUUUUGUAGGACUUAAUCGCUUCUUUAAUGUGUUAACAAAGUUGUGCUAAGCUGACAAGAUCACCUUUAGGCCAAUAAUUUAUUACAUCCUAGGGCAAUUUGGUAACAAAGAAACUCGUGUUAUUGAGUUCAAAAUUCGUUUAGGCAGUCAGCGUUGAUUUACAAUUAGACUGAUUUUCGAUAACUGGUGGCAAUACAUUAGAUUUUAACAAAAUACUUCAAUUGAAA